CAGUCUUGAUCGGAACACUAAGACCCUUUUUUUAGCUAUUCCUCUUGGAGGAUACUUUGCUUUCACUUGGAAUUCAUAACGAUGAAGCUCAUCGCACUCUUCUGCCUUACCGUUGCGGUCGUUCUCGCCGCAUCCGAAGACGAAAAGAAGGAGGCAGAACGGCCCAAAACCUUCCGAAGGCUUAUACCGGCUGAUGUUCUUCGUGAUUUCCCUGGCAUGUGCUUCGCUUCAACCAGAUGCGCUACCAUUGAACCAAACAAAACUUGGGAGCUUUCACCGUUCUGUGGUAGAUCCACUUGUAUAGCAGCUGACGAUAAUUCUGGUCGCCUUUUCGAACUUGUAGAAGAUUGCGGACCUUUACCAAAGGCCAAUCCAAAAUGCAAACUUUCUGAUAAAACCAACAAGACGGCCAGCUUCCCAGACUGUUGUCCGAUUUUCGAAUGCGAGGAGGGCGCCAAACUUGAAUAUCCUGAGAUUCCAACUUUGCCACCACCGACGGAAAUCUUUGAAAUUGAAAAAAUAACGGAAACGUCAACGGCGAAAGCUUAAUGCAUUGCGCACCCUAUUUUUGUUCUUUUUUGUCCCCCUCUUCCCUGAUUAUCUUAUUCGAAAGCGAAUAACACUUUUAAGCUCUCUCAAUCACGCCCGAUUUCUAAUUAGUAUCGUAUCGUAUCCUCAUCAUGGCGAAAUAGAUCGUAAUAGUGCCGUGAAUAAUUGGCCCCUGGCAACUGGUUAACAACUUGUAUCAUUAAUUUUACUUGCAAAUUUAUACGAAAUGUUACUUUCACUUCGAUUCCGGGUUAUAAUACUAUCGAUCAAAACUCGGCACAUCCGAGGAACCUUUAGACACUUUCGUCUAAAUAUUAGAAGACAGCAAGAUCGUUAA